AUGGCUGACGAAGAGAAAAAGAAGUUUAAUAUUCUUCCAUAUAUUGCCUUUGCUUUCGUUUGCUUCUUGUUCGGUACGCAAUAUGCAGUUUCCACACUUGGCUACAAGGUUUAUGAUAACAUUAUGUUCAUCUCUAUGAGAAUGACAUUUGCAUUCCUUACAAUUACCAUUGCAUUUUGCAUCCGUAUUGGUGUAUCAAAGAAGUAUCGUGCAUUUGUCUGGGCAUCAAUGCAGCGCGGCGAUACAUGCUGGUGGAAAUCAAUGAUCCUUGGUCUCCUUCAAUAUGGUUUCCCACAUUCAAUGAUUGCUCUUGGUCAACGUACAGUCGCCUCUACAAUUGUUACAGUUACACAGCCACUUGUCCCAACAGCAUCUCUUGUCUUUGCAUCUCUUUUCCUUCCGGAUGAAAAGUUUACAUGGGCAAAGACAAUUCCACAUUUCAUUGCAAUUAUUGGUUGUGGCUUGACAUGCGUUCCACCAUUUGUUAAUACUGGAGCAACAAUCACAACACCAAAAUGGUAUGAUAUGCUGAUGACAUUCAUUUCAAUUCUCUCAUUCGGUUUUGGCUCUGUUUUCUUCAAACUCUUCCAAGUUCAGGCAGAUUUCUUAGCCUGCGUCUGGUUCCAGCUUUUGGGAGCUACAGUUUACUCACAAAUCUUCUCUUUCAUUCGUAAUGGUCCAAAGGUUAACAUUGACGCUUACUUCCACCCUACAAAAGAAAUCAUUUGGCCACUUAUCAUCGGUUGCGGCUACACAGCUACAUCUUCAUCCAUCUGCCUUUGGAUUGCAAGAGUUUUCGGUGCUGUUAAGUCACAACUUGUCAACUUCGGCCAAAUCGCCAUCGGUGUCAUCGCUGGUGUCGUUUUCCUUCAUGAUUUCAAGGGAUACACAGCCUGGAUGCAUGUCGUCAGCUGGUUUGGUGUUGUUCUUCUUAUUGUCUCUACAUUCCUCGGAUUCUGGGUCGAUCAUACAGAAGAAGUCAAGCUCAUCCAUCAUGUUGACGAUGAAAUUAUUUCUGGUGAGCCUCUCUUAUCAGAAAACAAAUAA